CAGACCGGAAAUGAGGUCAGAGAGGGAAACCCCAGCCGGGAGACUCGGCUCAAAAAGCGGUGGCCGUCGGAGGUGGCUGUGGCAGCCGAUGUUGCCUCAUGGAUGAGCUGGUACAUGACUUGGCCUCAGCCUUGGAGCAGACAUCUGAGCAGAGUAAGCUUGGUGAGCUGUGGGAGGAGAUGGCCCUGAGCCCUCGGCAGCAGAGGCGGCAACUUCGAAAACGGAGAGGCCGGAAGCGCCGUUCAGACUUCACUCACCUGGCAGAGCACGCCUGCUGCUACAGUGAGGCCUCUGAAUCAAGUCUGGAUGAACCCAUUAAAGACUGUCGAGAAGUGGCCCUAGUCACCAAUUUUAGUGACUCUGAUGACACGAUGGUAGCCAAACGGCACCCAGCUCUCAAUGCCAUUGUUAAGAGUAAGCAACAUUCCUGGCAUGAAUCUGACUCCUUUACUGAAAAUGCUCCUUGUCGACCACUCAGGCGCCGGCGGAAGGUAAAACGAGUGACAUCAGAGGUGGCAGCUAGCCUUCAGCAGAAGCUCAAGGUGUCAGAUUGGAGCUAUGAGAGGGGCUGCAGGUUCAAGUCUGCUAAGAAGCAGCGUUUGUCCCGCUGGAAGGAGAAUACUCCCUGGAACUCAUCAGGCCAUGGGGUGUGUGAAUCGGCAGAGAGUAGGACUUUCCUAAGCAAAACGGGAAGGAAAGAAAGAAUGGAGUGUGAAGCAGAUGAACAAAAACAGGGCUCUGAUGAAAACAUGUCAGAAUGUGAUACCAGCAGUGUGUGUAGCAGCAGCGACACAGGGCUCUUCACCAAUGAUGAAGGCCGACAAGGGGAUGAUGAGCAGAGCGAUUGGUUUUAUGAAGGAGAAUGUGUCCCAGGAUUCACUGUCCCUAAUCUUCUACCCAAGUGGGCUCCUGAUCAUUGUUCUGAAGUAGAAAGAAUGGAUUCUGGGCUGGAUAAACUUUCAGAUUCCACAUUCCUUUUACCUUCCCGGCCAGCUCAAAGAGGGUACCAUGCACGCUUGAAUCGUCUGCCUGGAGCUGCAGCCCGAUGCCUUAGAAAGGGGCGAAGAAGACUUGUUGGGAAGGAGACCAGCAUAAGUACUUUGGGUGCUGAAAGGAUCGGCCACAUUAUUGUGACCCUUGGCAGAAAGAAAAGAACAAAGCGUUGGCUUCUGAUUUUCCUCACAUUUCUGCUUGUGCACAUGAGUUUAAUCCACUCUCUCCCCUUUAUUCCCUGGAUGUUCUUGCUGAUGCUUCUCACCGAAGAUGUUCACCAGCACAUUGCUCUGCCAGACAGACAAACAUACACUUGGGACCACCAUGUUCACGUGACAUCAAGAGAAAAAGGAAGCCUGUGGCCACAGCAUCUCUGUCUAGCCCAAUUGCAGCCUCAUCAGUUCCCAUGGAAGCAGUAGAGCCAGGCAUACCUGCUUCACAAGCCCAGAAGUCACCAAACUCCGAGUGGAUGAUCAGGACUUCUGCAGCAGAGAAAGCCACUGACUCAACUACAGCUACGUUUUUUAAAAUGCCGCAAGAAAAGAGUCCUGG